AUGGACGCGAUCAGCAGCCUGAUGCUGCAGCAAGGGUGGAGGAAGGGCCCGUGGACUGCGCUGGAGGACAGGCUCCUGACUGAUUAUGUGCAGCAGCACGGCGAAGGCAGCUGGAACUCCGUGGCCAAGCUCACAGGGCUGAGGCGCAGCGGCAAGAGCUGCCGGCUGCGGUGGGUGAACUACCUCCGGCCGGACCUGAAGCGGGGCAAGAUCACCCCCGACGAGGAGACCGUCAUCCUCCAGCUGCACGCCAUGCUCGGCAACAGAUGGUCGGCGAUCGCGCGGUGCCUGCCGGGGAGGACGGACAACGAGAUCAAGAACUACUGGAGGACGCACUUCAAGAAGGCGCGGCCGUCGCGGCGGGCGCGGGCGCAGCUGCUGCACCAGUACCAGCUGCAGCAGCAGCAGCAGCACCGCCAGUAUCUCCAGAGCCUCAGCCUGCUUCAGCAGCAGCAGCAGCUGCAGUAUCUGCAGCAGCAAGAACAGCAGCAGCAACUGGCGUCGCUGCAGGAGCAGCGGAGACCGCCGGAGGCGGCGGCUGACGAGUCCAUGAUGGCGCAGGUGAUGGCGAUGAGCGAUCUCCACGCCACGGAGCGCUGCUGCGCGGCUGUCUCCCUGCCCGACGAUGACGGCGUGCUCCCCGCCGACGACGACGCGCUCUGGGACAGCCUCUGGAGGCUCGUCGACGGCGACGGCAGCUGCGGCGAAGGCUCGAGCGGCGGCGAGUACUAG